CUUUUAACUGAAGUUUUAAAGGAGAAGUUUGUCUGAGACUCGGUCCCUCCAAUCCAUUAUCAUCUUCGUCUUCGUCUGUCUCUCUUCUUUCCAUUUCCCCUCUCUUUCGAGGGUUUUUCUUUUUCCUUUUUUUCCCUUUUAUUUUUCCUUUUAUUUUAGUUUUUUUUUCCUUUCUCUUGUUUUUCAAUUUUCCUUUGAAUCCCCAUUUCUUCUUCCUCUGCAACCCUAACCCUAGAAUUGAAGAUGCAGCCACAGAGGUUAAGGCAGCAUGCCAUGAUGCAGCCCUCUCUCUACCACCACCCUGCUCUCCUUACUCCUCCUCAGAUAGAGCCUAUCUUGAGUGGAAAUCUGCCACCUGGCUUUGAUUCAAGUACAUGCCGCAGUGUUUAUGUCGGCAACAUUCAUCCCCAGGUUACAGACGCCCUUCUUCAUGAACUUUUUUCAACUGCAGGUGCCCUUGAAGGAUGCAAACUUAUUAGGAAAGAGAAGUCAUCCUAUGGCUUUGUGGACUACUUUGAUCGCAGUUCAGCUGCAUUUGCUAUUGUAACUCUGAAUGGGAGGAAUAUUUUUGGGCAGCCUAUUAAGGUUAACUGGGCUUAUGCUAGCAGCCAGAGAGAGGAUACCUCAGGUCACUUUAAUAUUUUUGUUGGUGACCUUAGUCCCGAGGUUACAGAUGCAACAUUGUAUGCUUGUUUUUCUGUAUAUCCUAGUUGUUCUGAUGCAAGGGUGAUGUGGGAUCAGAAGACAGGCCGUUCCAGGGGAUUUGGAUUUGUUUCUUUCCGGAAUCAGCAGGAAGCCCAAAGUGCUAUAAAUGAUUUGACUGGAAAAUGGCUUGGAAGUAGACAGAUUCGUUGUAAUUGGGCCACCAAAGGGGCCAAUGCCAGUGAUGAAAAGCAGGGCUCAGAUUCAAAAAGUGUUGUGGAGUUAACAAAUGGAACAUCUGAAGAAGGCCAGGAAAUAACCAAUGAUGAUGCCCCCGAGAAGAAUCCUCAAUAUACCACUGUUUAUGUUGGCAAUCUGGCUCCAGAGGUUACAUCUGUUGAUCUCCAUCACCAUUUUCAUUCUCUUGGUGCUGGAACUAUUGAAGAUGUUAGGGUGCAACGAGACAAAGGUUUUGGGUUUGUGAGAUACAGUACCCAUGCUGAAGCAGCUCUUGCUAUACAAAUGGGUAAUGCUCGAAUUCUCUGUGGCAAACCUAUCAAGUGUUCAUGGGGUAGCAAACCCACUCCUCCGGGUACAGCCUCUACUCCUCUUCCCCCACCUGCUUCUGCGAGUGUGCCGGGCUUUUCUCUUGCUGGUCUUGCAGCGUAUGAACGACAGAUGGCAUUGAGUAAAAUGGGAGGUGCACAUGCCGCCCUUAUGCAUCAGCAAGGUCAACAUGCCCUAAAGCAGGCAGCCAUGGGAAUGGGUGCUCCUGGGGCUGGUUAUGAUGCAAGAUUCCAGAAUGUUGCGACCACCCAGCACCUAAUGUACUAUCAGUAAAAAUAUGUUGUACAACUCCCUGCUAUAAACAAGGGAGCAUUAAAGUGUGUUGAACCGUUAGAACGGUUCUACUAUACCGUUUAUUUUCUUCCUUUUCCUGCCCCCAUCUCUUCUAGCUUUAUCCUCCUAAAUUUUCUUCUGUGCGUAUUUAUGGAUGGCACAUUUGUAUUGCUACAAUGUCCUAGCCGUUGCGUGCAUGAAUGGUGUCUUUUUUCUAUUGACGAUCAUUCGAUGAUUGUAUCGCGUUACCUUUCUGCAGUUUGGGAGCCAUCAAACUUUUAGUUAUAAAAUUCCGUCCAAGUGUCAUACUA